AGCCAAGAUUAUAGUCGGAAAAAAUUAAGCACAAAUAUGUCUAAUGCAAAACCGAACCCGCCACUUCCAUGGAAGACGAAGCUUUCUCUAUCACUUGCCGCAAUACUUGCAGAUGUAACACGUCGAAAAAAUGGCACCAUUAAUCGCCGUCUACUGAAUUUCACAGACAUCACAACAAAAAUCCCAAAAAAGCCAGUUCGUGGUCUCAAAAUCAUAGACAUUACAGUUGAUCCAACUCGUAAACUCUGGUUUCGUCUCUACACACCAUCAACAGAUACCACAAACGUACAUUCCGCUGUUACUCUUCCUGUUUUCAUCUUCAUUCAUGGUGGAGGAUUUGCUUAUUUCUCCGCUGCUUCAAAAGCAUACGAUGAUUUAUGUCGCCGUUUCGCACAUGAAUUAUCCGUUAUUGUCGUCUCUGUUAACUACCGUAACUCGCCUGAAUACAAGUAUCCGUGUCAAUAUGACGAUGCAUUCGAUGUUUUGGAAUUCAUUGAAGGGAAACAUUGCAAAGAAUUUCCAAGUCAUGCAGACUUAUCACGCUGUUUUCUGGUAGGAGAUAGUGCUGGUGGCAAUAUAGCCCAUCAUGUUGCGGUUAGAGCAGCAAAAACAGACAGCCUUCGUGAAAUGAAAGUAAUUGGGUUAGUACUAAUUCAACCAUAUUUUGGUGGCGAAGAGAGAACUGAAUCUGAAAUUAGACUGAAAAAGGCUCCAUUGGUUUCUAUUGCUCGUACUGACUGGCUCUGGAAAGCAUUUUUACCACAAGGGUCUGACAGAAACCAUGCAGCUGUUAAUGUGUUUGGUUCGGAUAAGUCGGUCGAAGAAAUUACCAGAUUGGACCAGUUCCCGGAUACUUUAGUGAUCAUCGGUGGAUUUGAUCCGCUACAAGAUUGGCAGACAAGAUAUUACCAAGGGUUGAAGAAAUGUGGUAAAAAGGCAUAUUUGGUUGAAUAUCCAAAUGCUGUACAUUCUUUUUAUUGUUUUCCAGAAUUAUCUGAUUGUUCUUUGUUGUUUAAUCAACUUAAGGAUUUCAUUCAAAAGAAAUCCCAACAAAAGAAUUAGUACUAUUAAAGAAAUAAAUAAAUAAGCCAA